UUAGCUAAAAAGCAUUUUUUCCAUAAUAAAAAGCACCAGCCCUUCCUACUUUGCCGACAUCUCAGAUUUGCAAAAUUCUACACUCGCCUUUCUCCUCCCUUCCUCUUAUUUACUGCAGUUCAUCUAAAAGUCUACGUUCUCGCUCAUUUCCCUCCUCCCUGAUUUUAUGACUUUGUGCGGUUGGCGUCCUGGUGAGCUGUAGCAGCAAGGUAGUUCUUCUUCUCACACAUUUCAUAUCAAGCUUAUUAUUACAUUUGUGCUUUGCAGCUUGUGUAUGGCAGAAUGAUGGAGGGGACGAAGUCGGAGGCCUUAACCAUAGUUGGAACUUCGAUUAAGGCCCCGUAGCACUUGGAAGUACUGAGGGGGUGCCGCAGUUGGAAUUGCGGGUGAUGCAAAGCCACACUUAGAAGUACGGUUAUUGGCCGCCGUAGUUGGAAUUAACGGGUGUUAGCGGCAGUUGGAUGGAGCAAUCCUCGUGAAAUUAUGGAAGCCGUGGAAGUCAUCAGCACCACCACAAUCAAGGCACCCACUCAUAGUAUCCAUAACUCACCUCGUAAAAUCCAUUUAACUCCAUUGGAUCUUCCAUAUCUCACAGUUGAAUCCAUCCAAAAAGGUCUUCUUUUUGGCAGCCCAAAAGACACAGCAUUCCAUAUAAAUAAUCUUCAACACUCACUUUCCUCCACCCUUGACUUUUUUCCUCCCAUCGCUGGUCGUCUCGUCAUACUCCAACAUCACGACAACAUUGUCUCAACCCACAUCCUUUGCAACAACGCUGGAGUCCUCUUUGUCCACGCCGUUGCACCCAACACCACUGUCGCUCACAUCCUUCAAUCCAAAUACAACCCUCCCAUCAUUCGCUCCUUCUUUCCACUCAACGGCGUUAAAAACUACAAGGGCACGUCACAGCCAUUGCUGGCAGUGCAGGUGACGGAGCUAGUUGAUGGCAUCUUCAUCGCCCUAACAUUCAACCACGUCGUUGCCGACGGCAAGUCGAUGUGGCAUUUCGUGAAUUCCUGGGCUGAAAUCUCACGUGGCUCCCUUCAAAUAUCCAAACUCCCUUCUUUCGACCGUUACUUUCCCGAUGGCAUUGACCACCGCAUGCGCUUUCCCUUCACAAAGGAGGAAGAAACCCAACAAUCCCCAAACCUCAAACAACAAAUUCCGCCUGAGAGGGUCUUCCAUUUCGGGAAGGAAAAAAUCGCGGAACUGAAAAUAAAAGCCAACGCAGAAGCCAACACAGACAAGAUAUCUUCUCUGCAAGCGCUUUUAACUCUACUUUGGCUCUGUGUGAUUCGUUGCCGACACGUGGAGCCUGAAGAAGAGAUAAGUUACGUGCUUGCGAUCGGCGUUGGGCCCAGGAUGGUUCCACCACUGGCAGAGGGUUAUUUUGGAAACUCAGUGAUGUUUGGUGUUGUGACCAUGAAAGCCGGGGAACUAUUGGAAGGUGGUCUUGGGAAGGGUGCUCUGGACAUGAACAAGAUGAUUGCUUUGCACUCUCAUGAGAGGGUAAAGAACCAUUAUGAGUCUUGGGUGAGAACUCCGAGGCUGCUUAAAUUAUUUGGUGGUUCACUGGCCACUAGCAGUUCUCCGAGGUUCGACUUUUACGGUAACGAUUUUGGGUGGGGAAAGCCCGUGGCGGUAAGAAGUGGCGGCGCAAAUAAGAGUUGCGGAAAGAUUAGUGUGUUUGCAGGCGCUGAAGAAGGUUCUAUCGACAUUGAAGUGUGCCUUCCUUUUGAGAUUUUGGAGGCACUGGAAAAUGACCCUGUCUUCAUGGAUGCCGUUUCCAGCUAGCUAUUCUAGGUACAACGCAAGAUCUUAUAAGUCCACUUUAGUCAGAUCCAUGAUUGUUAGUAGCAUAAGCAAUCCAGAAAAGAUCAUUGAGGAGUUCGAUAACUUGUUUUUAUAACUAGUUUAUCUCUGCUAGUAUUUUAAGUUUUUCUUUUCUUAAACGAAUGGUUAAAAGGAGAUAUUGUCAAUGUAGGGUGGGAUAUAUGAAGAUUUAUCUGCAUUGUUUGGAUUGCUCCAAAUGUUUUUCAAUAGAAAAUUAUUUUUUAUUGAAAUGAUAAGUA